AUGAGCAAGAUGUCUCGCUACACAAAACUCUCCGGUCCAGAAUACCAAAACCCGCCAUACAGCGCUAGCGACGAAGAUCUGCCCUUCCUCCCAACCCCACGUGAAAAAGACGACUUCACCUCUCCGCCCCCCAGCACGCCCCGCUCGCGCCUCUGUUCCGCCCUCAUCGUCGCCUCCACAUCCCUAACCCUCGGCCUCCUCGCCUUCAUCCUUAUCGUCGCCCAGCGGCGCCACCCGCAAAGUGCCGUCUCGCUGUGGCCCACCUACCAAGGCGGCUCCGUCGUCGUCGAGCACUGCGGCAACUCGCCGCAAGAAGCGCAAGACCUGGGUUGCACCUGGGAUCUCAUGAGUUUCGGGUGGGUGCACCCGCGCUGCUUCAAGCCCGACGAGUCGCAAAUGUGGCUCGAGAAGUACGGGCCCUGGAAGUGGUACUACGACCUGAACGCUACGCAGGAGAUUGCGCCUGAGGACCUGACGACGACGGGGCGUGUAUAUACGGAGCAAGGGUACCAUGUUGUGCAUUGCUUGUAUAUUUUUAAGCUGCUGCAUAUGGCGGGGAUGAGUGGGCAUAUUGUUACGGAUGAGGCGAUUCCGCUGGCGCAUACACAGCAUUGUGUGGAUAUGAUUUCUUCGCCAAAGUAUACGGAUUUUAAGCAUAUUAACACGCGGGUCGAUAUGCUGUUUGCGCGGUGUGUGACGCUUAACUAG